UACCAACUAUACAAACGCGCAUAGUAGCGCGUGACACUUGCACAAGCAACUAAAGCCCUUGAAGCCUUAAUGGGUUUUCGAUCGAUCGCGGGUGCAGCGACCCUCCCUCUCUCUUCGACAAAACAGACUAAACUGUAUAUGUAUAAAUAUACACGACUUUGAACCACUUUACAAAGAUGAUAAUUGAUAAGGAUGCUCGCUGACUGAACCCUUUAAGACGCUUCCCCUUCUUCCUUAUCAUCUUCCUCUCCUCUUCUCUAUUAUAAUCUAUUUUCUUACUGACCCACCUUCUGUUCGAAUUGUGGUUGUUGGAAUUUCAUUUCUUUUUUUUGAUUUCCUCAUUAAUUUUUGUUGGUUUUUCCCCUUUUGUGGAUUUAAUUUUGGGUUUUGUUUCUACGGUUCUAAAAGCCUGAAGCUUGUGAUUGGACCUUGUGCUUGGCUAUCCUGAAGAUCCAAGCAUUUUCCAGUUCGGAAUUGAUUUUCUGAUGGAUGCAGAUUCAGAAAGAACUUCACAAGAUGUGCCUCUCUUUACUGCUCAUGGCCAUGCAGAUGGUUUAGUGGUUGACCAUUCUGUCUACCCAGCAGCAUGUGUGCUGUGCAGAAGAACUUUUGCACCUGAUAAUGAUGAUCUUGAAACUAUAAAUAUAUGUGGGGACUGUAAAUUUUUGCUUCUCGAAGAUCCUGGGGACACCACACUUGAUUCUCUUCAGAGAAGGCCACGCAGAGGAAGAAGAACUAGGUACAGCAGCUCUGAAUCAAUUGAAAAUCUUUUUUCACAACAGUUAUCACAUAUAAUCAAUCAGGCCAGGCAAAACCAGUCCAUUGUAUCUGGUCAUGAUAAUCCAUCUGUAGAUGGAGAUACUUCUGUUAGACUAUUGCAGCACACAAGCUCCCAUACAACACCAACUGGUUCUAGAAGAUGGCGGCGGGUUCUCUCGGACACUGAAAGUGAGGGUUUUGAUAAUUUGGAUUCGCUUUAUGGUGAGAGUGAAACAACUCCCAGUGUCAGUUGGUCAAGGGUUUAUCAUGGUGAGAGUGAUGCCAUUUCUUUUAGUGCAUAUGGAGGGGACUCUGAUGUAGAUGCUGAUGGACAUAGUUAUGUGGAUACUGAGAUGUUUAUUCGACCAGAUGAGGGAAGCAAUGUUGACAGUGAUACUGACAUUGAUCCAAUGCAUGCUGGUCUCAACCAAUGGAACUCAGAUGAAGAAGAAGAAGAAGAAGAAGAAGAAGAAGAAGAAGAUGGUGAGUGGGAAGAAAUUGAAUCUGUGGUAGCAGGACCAAGGCUUCAAAAUUAUCUAAUUUCAAGUCCCAAUGAAGGUAAUGGCUCCAGUAAUUGGCGUCAAUGGUCAUACUCUCCUGAAUAUCGGGGCCUGAUUCCCCAGAGAAUCAGGCAAGAUAGACAAGCAUAUAACAGGGACAUCUUUGCUAACUUAGAAGAAUCAGAAUUACCACAAUAUGUAGGAAAUUCUGGGGAUUAUCUUGAUGCAAGAGGCUUUGAAGAAUUUCUUGAACAUCUUGCAGAGACUGACAGCUCAAGAAGAGGAGCACCACCUGCAGCUAUGUCCUUUGUGAAUAGCCUGCCCCUCGUAAUCAUUAAUGAGGAACAUGUGAAGCAUGAUGGUUUAGCUUGUGCAAUUUGCAAGGAUGUUUUAUCCAUUUGCACUGAAGUUAACCAGCUUCCUUGCCUUCAUCUAUAUCACCCUGCUUGUAUUUUGCCAUGGCUGAGUGCCCGAAAUUCAUGCCCUCUGUGUAGGUUUGAGCUGCCAACUGAUGACAAAGAAUAUGAGGAGGGUAAGCGAAACAAUAGUGAUAGAAUGGAGAUUCGUGAAAUUCGGCAGGAGGAUGCAACUGAGGACAGUUCCGCUGAUGUCUCAGAUGGUGAAUUUGACCAAGGUGGAAUGGAGCAAAGGGAGCUUCUAGACAUGGACCCUCCUGUCAGCCGCUCUGGAAGAGAAGGCAGUGGAAGGAGGUGGUUUUUUCUUGCUGCUGCUCCAAUUGUCAGUCUUGUGGGUAUUGUCCUUGUAUUGUGGCUAGGAAAUUCUCGAGGAAGAGUGCCAACUCAUCAUUGCAACUUCCCUGAGGGAGGGCUUCAUCACGUUCCUGGCUCUUCUUCACCCAACCAAAGGGGCAACAGAAGUCGGAGAUGGUGGUCUCUUUUCUAAGUGAUUCCAUGCUUGACAGAUGGGCCUAACCCAGAAUGUUCAUGCAUGCUUAUUGGCAAUUGGAUAUGCGCGCAAACAAUUAUAGUGAUUUUCUGAUUUUGUUAGAAAUUCUAAUGCUUGGUCUGGUGUUACAAUCACGGCACCAUUAAUAACUAAGUUGGGGAGUCACAUGGGUAAGGUUUCUGAAUGCACUGAUGGUCUGAGCCCUUGUGCUACUGUCCUUCCUAGGUCAAUGACUGGUAUUAACUACCAGUGCAGCUAGUGAGGGAGUUGUACCUACCUGGGUGGUUUCGUGGAAAUUGUUUUUUCCUCCUUUCUUGGCUGAAAAGGGAUUUGUUGAAAAUUUUUAAAUGGUCUGCCUAUCCUUUUAUCAAGUUUAGCUGCUGGUGUGUCUUUGUAUCAGUGAAGUGUCCGGUAGAGAUUGAGGUUAUUUGGAACUUGUAAAGAGUGUGCAUGACUAGGCAUUGCUAUUGUACAUGAUUAACUAGCAACGGCAAUGAAAGCUUUAUCGGAAGAUACGCAUCUGUUUCCCGUUUGUUGUC